AAGUUAUUAUUAUUAUAUUUUUUUUGUACCAAAAUGUUAUUUUCCGAGUAAAUACAUUUUAUAGAGGAAAUACUUAUUUUGUGAUAAAAAAUAUGCCCUGGUCAGAAAACAAUGUAACUCUUUAACCAUUCUUACAGACCAAAAUACGUAGAUUUUUAUUCUCGCACACCCUCCACAAUCAUAACCCUGAUCUAGAGGACUGUUGCUUUCCAAAAGGCUUGCAUAAUUUAAAAGUUUUUGCCAUUGACACAAGGACAAGGAAUUAUGUACGACUAAAUUCUUGUUGUUUAACUUAAUGUAGAUAACCGAAGCAGUGAAUAAAAUGAGCCCAUUCAAGACUGCAACACAUUGAUUCAGGUGUGGUGUCUUCCAUGGAUCUGGUGUCCACCUUAAAACAAUCUUAAUUGACAUUUUAAUUAUCGCCUCCAACAGAAGAAGCUCUAGUCGAUCUUAUGCUGACAACCUGCGGAACAGCCGUAGCCUGCGGUGUGGUUCGGUUCACUUUAAAGACAAACAUUUGAGAGUUUUUCAUGACUUCUCAGCUGGUCGAAAGGCUAUUGUAUAAAAUAAGUUCAUCACACAAUACAGUGGUUUUUCGAGAUACGAUCUUUUUUUUUUUUGCUUUGACUUACGAGCAAAACUUUGACGUACUAGCGCUGUAUGGUGGCAGUGAACGCAACUCGCUUCACAACAAGCAGAAGUUUGGCAGAUGGUGAACGAUUCUUCAAGAAAGAGGCUUCAAGUUGUUUAUUGCCACUCCCAGUUCAAGUUUACUGUCAAACUAAACACAAAACAAAGCAAAUGACAUGCUUAUUUAAAACAGCUUUGCCUUAGUAAAGUCCGUUUAGCUUAAUGCUAACAAACAAAGCAAAACGCCAUAGCCGGGCUAAUGGAUAGCAUAGGUGUUGCGGUGUUAUAACCCUUCGAGCAAUGGAUAUUUGAGCAACGGUGGAGCAACACAUCAAGACAGGGAGUAUAACAAUACUCACAGACAUAUAUUCUUUGUCUUCUGCGAUGAAUGACUAAUAUUUCUGUAGCUUACUGAAGAAUUAUGACCAUCUACAUGUAUAGUGAUUUCCUGAGGAUUGCUAUCAUUUUAGCCCUGGUCUGUGUCUCUGGUCCGUGGUCCAGCUCCCGUUUACAUUUGAGCUGAUCUAACCUCUUCAAGCAGUUGCAAAGGGGCUCGUUUGGUAUGCAGCAGAGUUCUGAUGACGGUGUUGACACUUGGAUCAAAACAAAGGAACUGCAGCCUGUGAAGUGUAAACACUAAGUGAGUUCACUAUUUUAGUAUUUCCGGAUGUUUGCAUGUGAUGUGAUGAGGGUAUCCACUCUAGCCAGAUGAAAGUGUUUCCAUAAGAUUCCGUGAUGUUGCCAUUUGUGAAGGUUGAGACAUAUUACUACUGUAGUAAGCCAGAACAUGUUCUCACUCUUAACAACAGACACUUGGACGGCGUCCUUUUACCGAGGGCGAUUCAUCAUAGGUGGUAAUUACAGUCACCGGUGACACAUUGAUGGAUAAUGACGACAGCGGCACCUUCGUCUAUAAAAAUCUUCCGACCGCUGAGCUGCAAUAUUUACUGCAGGCUCUCACAAGGCGACUUUGCUCCCAGCCGUAUUGUGCGGCAUUUCCGAUCAAAAGGUAAGCUGGGACAAUUCAUUUUAUAAUUGCCUUGUGAUCACCGGAGCAAGUUUCUUUGCUCCCAAACUCCCCGACGCUCUGAUGCUAAUUACUCCCGUUCCUAACCCAGCGCUGGCAAACGCAUCUGAAGGCCGUAGACAAUGUGGGCCAUCGCGCUACUUCUUUGUCUGGGAAAUGUUCUCAUUAGCGGCGAGGCCGGUGAUCAACAUUCUCAGCCUGCCGCUGGUGUACAACUCUCCGAGAUGGACAAACACAGAUCCAAGAGCUGUGCGAGACCCCCUCCUAUGUGCGCCCACUCGGCGGGAAUCCGGGAUACCUUCAAGUACCUCAAUACGGCCAUCUCUUUAGUGGUUUUUGUGCUGGGAAUUGUGGGAAAUUCGCUUCUGCUGAGCAUCAUUCACAGGAACAAAUGCAUGAGGAGCUGUGGUGAUGCCCUGAUUGCAAGUCUAGCUCUAGGAGACCUCCUCCAUAUUGUGGUGGACGUCCCAGUCAACACCUACAGGCUCAUGGCAAAAGAUUGGCCCUUUGGCUCGGUGCUGUGCAAGCUGGUGCCCUUCAUCCAGAACACCUCAGUUGGGGUUAUCGUGUUGAGUUUGUGUGCGCUGAGUGCUGACAGGUACUUCGCUAUUGUUUGUCGGCAACGGCUCAAAGACCCCCGAGCGUACGUGUGGACGUCCCUCAUAUGGCUCCCCUCCAUCACGCUGGCCGCACCCGAGCUUGUUGGCUUCGGCGUGAUAAAUGUGGACUACAAAGAGCGACAUCUGAGGAUUUGCCUGCUCCAUCCGGUGCAGAGCACACCGUUUAUGCAGUUGUAUAAAGCUGUGAAGGACUGGUGGCUCUUCAGCUUCUACUUCUGCAUGCCACUGGCUUUGACCGCCAUCUUCUACGUGCUAAUGGCCCGGACGAUGCUGAAAAACAAAGACAAAGCAUUGAUACACGGCAGAAUCUUGACGUCAAGCAUAUACGAUGAGAACGAUCCAAACAGGUGCCAGCUACUAAGAUUUCCUCUUGUUUCUUUUCUUUCGACAUCAGCAAAAAGUGAAUGGACCAAUGAGCAAACACUGCGUGAAGGCAGUGCUCGUGGGAGUUUUAGUGUUGUUUUGUCAAGCCCUGGUUGAUAUUAAAAGUGGUGAACUUCUUUUACACUAAAGAAUGCUUUUAAGAAAUGUGUUGGACAUUGGACUCACAGUGCGAAACAAAAGAUAAAUGUUCCACCACAGCCAAUUCGAUUAGCUUUGCAUUACGACGAUUUUGUCAAAGCGCCUUCAUGAGACUCAGACUUGGAAUGAUUCAAUCAGCAAUCAUUCCUCACUCAGCUAUGGAAGGGCCUCAGCUCUAUGUCAUUUCUAUCUGCAAUCAUGGAAGAAGAUUAUUGGCCAUGUCAUCAACCAUAGGCUGGCAUUCCGGGAGGCUGCCAGUAUCACCGUGUGCGCCGGCAUUUCCAACGACGAGGUCCACUGUACAUCUCCGUCAUUGGUCCCUACAACACGCAAAGCCUCAUCAGCUUCCUAAAUUCACUGCGGCACAGGCUGAUUCCACCUAGAGAGUAUUUCAUCAUUUGGGGCAAUGUUGCAUUCCACUGUUCCCGCCUUGUGAACAAAUGGUCCAUCCAGUAUGACAUUGCAGUUGCUGCCUGCAUUCACCUCUUUCCCGAAUCCCAUUGAAGAAUUCUUCUCACCACUAUCCUUACCAGGAGAUCUCUCUGCUGGCUGCAAAAAAAAAAUGCAGGUUGUCUGACAAUAGAUGCGGAAGCCUGUCGGGGAUGGAUAAGACAUGCCAGAAGAGUCUUUCCAAGGCGGAUCGGAAAAGAGGACAUCCAAUGCGAUGUGGAUAAAAACCUGUAGCAUCACGCUCAGUUGCUGGUGGGCUAGUUGUUGUUUAGUUUUUCUACUGGAUAUUUCCAGCCAUAGCUUGGUUUUGAUUUUAUGUUUGAUUGUUUUUAAUUUACAGUUUUGCAUUUGUGAGUUGGAGUUUGCCAAAAGCAAGCAAUAAAUAUACAGUACUUGCUAUCAAAAAUGUGUUUCUGUGUCUGGAUUCCAUUUUCCACAUUACAGUAUUACCUCGUUUAUUGCGGCGGGUUAGGUUACGGACCAAGUCCAAACCUUAGGCAGUGGUCCU